CUUCUCCCAACACCGUCUGCUGUCAACUUUGUCGGUCUGUCUGAUAUUGCCGUCGCUCAACUGGCCUGGCUAUUAUAUACAGACCGCCUGUUCCCCCCUUGCCUGCCGACCUUCCUGCCUCGCCCCAUCUCGCCUACAUGUCGACGGACGCGUGAACGCCUUGCUCUGCUCCGCUGCUCUGUUGUUGCUGGCCGACUCUUCGAAGCCAUUCGUCUCUUCAAUUCCACUUCCAGGACCCUCUCGCCGCCUAUCUGCUCCGCCAUGCAGCACCCCUUCGCCCCAAGCCCUCGCCGGUCCCAUCACAAUAACAACAACACCAAGGCCAACAAGAAGAGCAUAUCGGCCCUCGCCCUCGCCCUCCUCGCUGCCUCUGUGCCCGCCGCCGCCGCCCAGUCCUGCAUCUCGCUCCAGGACUCGACCGCCUGUCCAGCCUUCCGCAAUGCUUCCAUCAGUACCAGCUUAUCCGGAGACUUCUCUUUUCUCUCCUUCGUAUCUGAUGUAGCUUCUUUCGACAACCGCUUACGCGACUACGUCUCAACCACCUAUGUACGCUUGAAGUACCAAGAAAUCAUCGGCUGCUCCAGCGUCAACCUCACAAACACCACACAGACGUAUGCUCGCUACACGACGUCCUUCCUUUGCAAUUCCAUUGUCCAGGCCUCGAUCAAGCCCUGCUCUUUGUCGUCCGAGCAGUCCGAGCCCCUGUGUGCCGAUUCCUGUGCUCAAUUCGCUCUGAGCGAACAGCAUAUAGCGUCCACGCCCUCCAUCUGCGGCAACCCCGGUCCCAAUGCCAAUGAUCAAAUCCGUGCCGACCUGUCAAGAUGCCAGCUUCCCACACAAGUACUUUCUUCCGGAUGUAUCAUGGCUGCGCAGAACGAGAAGGAGGAAUGCGGCUUCGGGCCUAAUCUGGGCGGUUUGUGUUCCUACUGCGCUUUGAGCUCUCCCAACUCGACCGAUUCCUGCUGCGUCAACUCCAACGUCAACUCCCGCUGCGAAGGCGUUCAGCUGCCAGCCACCUCGUCCAUGCCACCGCUAUUCUCCCCUACCGGUUCCCCAAGUUCAAGCUCGAGUGCCUCACCUCAGCCCUCUUCUGGCCUUUCUGCAGGUGCCAUCGCUGGAAUCGUCAUCGGCUCUUUGAUAGGCGCUGCGCUAAUUCUGGGUGCUAUCAUCAUGGGCUGUAUUUACAUUCGAAGACGUAGGCAAGGUCACCAAGGUGGUCUGCUCAACACUCCAUCACCGACGCGCCAGACAAUGGUAGCAGCCCCAAUGACAUACGCGGCGGAUGGUCACCACUCGCCUGCCAUGCCCUUGCCUGGCGCCAGAGUGGCACGCAUGUCUGCGCUGGAAGGUUCCAACUCAUCACAGCACCCCAGCUCUCCUGCUAUCGGUGGCCUUGCGACCUAUAGAGAUUCGUCUGAUGUUUAUGACACUCCAGUGUCUCGAAGAAAUCAAUUGGGGGCAGACUUACCCAAGCGUGAAGGAUCGCUGUCGAGCCACUCACAGCUGGGGUUCGGUGGAGCCCGCAGCGGCUAUACGUCGCCCUUGUCCGGAUCCGAUCCAGAUCGAAACUUCUCCAGUCCCGAUGGUGUCGCGUCAGGGGUUUCGGAGCAGCUUCAAUUCUUCAAGGACUACUAUUCUCAAGACGACAUCCACCCCAACGAUGCCGUCGCCACCCUCUGGGCGUACCAACCGCGUGCCAACGACGAAUUCGAGCUCGAGCGCGGAGAUAUGCUCAAGAUUGUGGGUAUCUGGGACGAUGGAUGGGCAACAGGCAUCAAACUCUCGGAGACGGCUGAAGAGUGGGAAGCGAGAAGAGCGGUGCAGCGCGACUCUGGCGUCAGCAACGGGAGCCGGAAGUCCAAGACGGAGAGCGACAGUGACAUCAAGGCCUUCCCCUUGGUGUGCGUGUGCCUACCGCAGCACUGGCGAAGAACAAUAGAUGGAGACAGCACUGAGAUGGGAGGAGGGAGUCGAGGUGAUCGGCCACCUCCCAGCCCUUAA